CGCAACCCUCCUGUUUUAUUCAGACUGGGGACUUUUAUCUCCUAUAUAGGGUGGUGUUUGUGAUUAUCAGCUUUUAAUUCAUACUGUGGUCAAUUAUAAUGUGGAGCAUCAUCAACCAUUUUUGUCAAACUGUGAGCAUGUGACAGACGAUAUAUUGGAGCAGUGUGAGGAGCAGAAAAAGUGGGAACACAGCUACGCCAGCAAUGUCGUCGACAUCACAGAAACAUAAGGAGUUUGUGGCGGAGCCCAUGGGUGAGAAGCCAGUGACGGCACUCGCUGGAAUCGGAGAUGCUCUUGGAGGGAGGCUGGAGGACAAAGGAUUCGACAAAGCGUAUGUUGUUCUCGGACAGUUCCUGGUUCUAAAGAAGGAUGAAGAGCUGUUCCGGGAGUGGUUAAAAGAAACCUGUGGGGCGAACUCCAAACAGCAGGGUGACUGUUAUGGCUGCCUUAGAGAAUGGUGUGACUCCUUCUUGUAAUUAGGCUCUUGUUCUUGUGUUGCUGUUCUAUUUGUUUUGUUUAUUUUUAGACACGGGUUUCUCUUUCAAAAAGAUGCAUCACUAGUUAGCAAGCACGGCUUUAGCACCAGAGUAGGAUUUCCAGACCCAAGACACGAGGCUUAUGCUGGCUUGUGUGUUUUUAUUGGAUUGUACCGAAACCAGACAGAUUAUUUUUGCCAACAUUUUAUUGUUUUAUUCCUUAUUAAUGAAACCAGAUCUGUUUAUAGCCAUUUCGAUUCAGUACUCCAGAUGCUCAUCAUCUCGUGCUAGUUAAACCUGGAACCUCCUGAUGGUUUUCUUUACAGAACGGACAACAUUGUUUUCCAACCACAUCCUGACACGAUGUUAAAGUUUUCAUACAUGUUUUAAUUAAAAGUCGCUACAGCUGUCUAGUCAUUAACUCAAAGAUGUUUUAAGAGAAUGUUCAAAAUAAAUGUGGUUCAACUGAA